UCAAAACAUAAAGUGCAAUUGUCUCAAUAACAUCAAAGCAAACAACAAACAAUUCUAUCAAAAUGUUCAAGCUGCUGGUUGUCUUCUUCGCCGCCCUUUUCGCUGUUGCCCUUGCCGUGCCAGCUCCUGCUCCCCGUGCUGCCCCCGCCCCUGUGCCAAUUGCCAGUCCAGAGCCAUCCCCACAAUUCUAUUAUGGUGCCAGUCCUUAUGCUUACAGCGCAUACUCCGGUUACUCCCCCUACUCGUACUAUGGCUAAGUGCAAAGAGCUUACGGCAACAAUGAUAACUGACGGCGACUGUAACCCGCAAAUGGAUUCGUGAUAAUGGACAUGAAAUAAACACGCGCUGGCAAUUCUAAUUAGGUCUUUAAUAAUAAAUGCUUAUAAAAAUGCAAAAAAUAAAACAAUAAAAUAUAUCUAAAAGCAA